GUCAUCUUCGCACCCAAAAAACCUUCGAAAUCAAAAAGCUGCGGUGUGACCUCUUGCUAUUUUUUGGAUGUAAAAUGAAUAACGUAGAUAACUCUAGGUUUCUGUGUUUUGUAGUUUAGAUGAGUCUAUCAUUGACCCGGGUAGGCGACUUCACCCGUACCGCAAGCUGACCUCGUGUUACAUCGUAUUCGUAAGUCUAAGUACAUAGGUGAAAAAUCAAGAAAAGUCAAAAGGAACAACCAUGUGUCUUCCUAUGUGAGGUUCUGUGUCUUGUUUUUUUCUUUUAUGUACUUAGACAAAGAUAGUGAGAACAAGCAUCCACAAUGGCUAGGUCACGAUCUCGCCCACGCGAUGAGAAAAGACGCAGUGCUGGUGCUCAGGGAGUUGAAAAGGGAGGAAGCAAUGAGGAAUAUGGCGCCAAGGAUAGAAAACGAAGCAGAGCGCGGGACACGGAGAACCGCGAUCGACAGCGGAUAGCCAGAGACCGCAGUCGAGAUCGAGGCGGAGACAAACUAGAGAAAAGUACUGGUGGUACGAAGAAAGACCCCGUAGUACUAGUGGAAAAGAAGGAAGGCAAAAGUCACACGGAUGGAAGCAGCGACACGAAGGCCCCUCCCGGCGACAAGAACAAAGAGACGGAAUCGGAAAACAAGGACAAGAAAGAGGAGAAGCAGCCUAAAGAAGAAAAGGAAAUGAAAAUAAAUAUCAAAGUGGUAGAUAAGACCGAAGAGAAGAAGGAUGAGCGCAACAAAAGCCGCGAGCGAAGGAGAAGUAGGGAGAGACGAAGCCGCGAGCGAGCCUGGGACCGCCGUAGAGGAGGGCGUCGGAGUCGCGGCCGCCGCAGCAUGGAGCGACAGAUCGACAAGGAAGCUCGUCGGCGCAGCGAGGCCCGCGAAGAGGAGCGUCGAAAUAGGCAGAGUCACGAGCGUCGCUAUGGCUACGGAGGCGGCAGUCCUGCUCGGGAAGGGAGUCGGCGGCGGUCCCGCGAUCGAAAGCGCGAUGAGAGUGAGGAGCGCCGAAGAGAAGAGCGUCGACGAGAACGAAGCGAGGAACGCAAAGCCCAAGGAAAGUGGGACAGCUCAAAACCGGAUGCUGCGAAUCUCACGAGAGAGCAAGUGCGAGGUAUGACGAACGACAUUCCACGCUACACAGAAAAAGAACUUCUAGAACGAACGCUCAUCAUCGGCAAAACACCUCCUGGAGUCGGAAAUCAAGACCUCAUCGACUUUUUCAACGGCGCCGUGCUGGCAAUGACUGGUAUUUACUUAUACGAGAAAUGAUGCCUAUAAAUGAUUUUUUGGCAUUCCCACGCCCACCUCCUACAAUUUGAGAAAAGAAUUACAUACUGAAGAGUAAUCUUCUGUACACCAAUAAUUAGUGAUAGAUAGUUUACUUGCGGCCAAAAAAACACCAGGAAAUCCUAUGGAGAUGGCUACAGCAAAAAUGAAGCCGGUAUUUGGAAUAGCGCCUACGGACGGUGGAAAAAAGCGGCUGCUUUUCCGUAGUUUCAAAGGAACCGUUAUUGGCAUGCAACUCAACGGCAUUGAAUAUCGCAGAGCGCACUUGGAAAUAUCACGCCCGACCCAAUAUAAAGGAUCCGAUGGCUCCGAAGUCGAAAUUAACAAAAUUUCCCUCUCCGAUCUUCUCGGUAUUCUUGAUCUUCUCUUAUCCCCUUGCUUACUUACUCUUUUUUGAAGAAGAUUCUCUCAUUUUAUGCGCGCUCUAAGUUCUUUGAUUAUCUAAGGUUGGCAAGGGUACUCUAUUUUAAGGAGUUGGAGUUCCUUACAAUUUAUGAGCACUAUCUUGUUGAUCAAUCUGUCGUUGUUAAUACGAGGAGAGAUGAUAUCAACUUUGAUGAAAAAAUUCUUCGCAGGUUUAAACGAGGAACGCGAAUCGCAGGAAUCAGCAAUGCGAUCAUUGCUGAAUCAAGUCAGUGGUCGACUCUCCGUAACAAAUAUACCCCCUUUUAUGUCGGAGAAGGCCUGCCGCGAUCUCUUUUCCCAGUUUGGUGGUCUCAAGAUGGUGAGCAUCAUGAUGGAUUCUAAAGGCGAAAACAAGGGCUACGGAUUCUUCGAAUAUGAUAGGCUAGAACACGCGGACGUUGCAAAAAAAUGCCUCAACGGGUAGCAGCAAUAUUCAUCAAAUAGAAAAAAAAUUACUUUUUAGAUACAAUUAUAGGUAAUUGUAGGUGUAGUGAAAACUUCAGAUGCGUUCCAGUUAUAUCUUUACUGAAAAAUGAAGGACCAAGCCAAGCUACUACUUGAGACAGAAUUGCAAAACCCUGGAGCGAUAUUUGAUAGAUAGGAUUAGAAUACAAGUAGAUUCGACAUUUUUUCUUUACAGAGUGGUUUUACUAGUAUUGCGUGCCUCUUUCACGUGACAGGUUCGUGGUUGGAGAUCGCGCUCUCGCAGUGACGCGGCUGAAUGACACAGUGGUUUCGCAAGCAGGGAUUGAUCAAGAGCUGGAGCAGAUGGCGAAUCCGCAUCUUGUGGAGCGCCGUGAGCGCGAUCGCGAGAAUGGACAGGCACGGCUGAUUUCGCAUAAGAUUUUGGCGAAUCCCGUCCUAGCGUUGCAGGUUCGCGACGCCUUGCACUUGGGCCGACGUCCGUCAAAGGUAGUUCAGCUGCUGAACGCUGUAUACGAAAGCGACAUCAUGGACCCUAUGGAAUUGGAAGACGUGCGCUUGGAGAUUCUCUCUGAAGCAGAGAAGUUCGGCACCGUAGUAGACAUCAAGAUUCCGCGGCCAUCGAAAAUCGGCGCGGAGGUACCGGGAGUGGGAAAGAUAUUUGUGCAGUUCCAAGAUACGACGGCAGCAAGGCGGUUUCAAGUGGAGGUGAACGGCCGCAAAUUCAACGACCGGAGCAUUUGCGCCAGCUUCUAUCCCUACGAACGCUACAUCAAGGGCCGCUUUAUCCUGAACGAAGAGCGGGGAGCACUCUUUGUAUGAGCGAACAAGAUGGUGGUGGUGCUUUUGAACAACUUGAUUGCCGCUUUCGGGGAAUCUAUUUUCGCAGUUCUACUAGUGCAGCUUUUGUUUUGCUGUUUUCUCAGUGUCUUGCAAGUUCGCUGAGAAACUGAAAGCCGUAGUUGAAAGACUUUUGGCUCAUGGUUGCUGGCGAAGUUUUGCGUACUGUGCCUUUACUGAUCUUGCUGUGUAAGGAAAAAAACCCCUGCGCUAUCGGAUUUUCAGUAUCAGUAUUCCGAUUGAAACAAGCACAACCGAACUUUUUUUCUUGCGCGCGCAUCGCCAAGAAACGAUAAAUGCGAGGUCCUUUUGUCACCAUUCAGAUUGGGCUAUGUCUGUACAGGUCUUGAUCCCGCUCAUACAUCUGAUGAUUCUCUAGUACAGAAAUACGUUUUUUUCGCGGGUAUGGAUUUUGCUAGCUCAAAAACAACUAAUAUUUUCUACUAUCCAGUGACGAACAACAACACUACAAAAGUUCAAGUAUUUUGAAAAAUCAACUAUAAUUGUGCCUCGCUCGAUUGAUCUACCCCUUUGAACAUCCCACUCUUCUCCGAGAUGAACCCGUUUGACUACGACGUCCUUACCCGAAGGCGUCGACACCCCUGCUGCUCCCCACAGAAUUGAUACUUCCUCUACGAUCGUCACCACUGAAGAAUAUCUCGAUAGAAGCAGCACGCCUGACAAAACAAAUCAUCUUGUAUACUAGAAGAGCCUAG